AUGGCUUCUUCUUCGUCUUCAACAACCAAUCCUCAAGAAAAAUACGACGUCUUCCUUAGUUUUCGAGGAGAGGACACUCGUCUUAGUUUUACCAGCCACCUUUGUGCUGCUUUGAAGCGGAAACAAUUUUUGACCUUCAUAGGCUAUGAACUUAACAGAGGGGAAGAAAUUUCUCCAUCGCUUUUGAAAGCAAUUGAAGAAUCCAAGUUUUCUGUGGUUGUUUUCUCUGAGAACUAUGCAUCUUCCAAAUGGUGCUUGGAGGAACUUGCAAAGAUUCUUGAAUGCAAGAAAACUAAAGGCCAGAUGGUUAUACCCGUGGUCUAUGGGGUUGAUCCAACUCAUGUGAGGAACCAAGUUGGAAGUUUUGCAGAUGCAUUUGCUAGGCAUGAACAGUUAUUGAAGGAGAAGAUGGACAAAGUGUGGAACUGGAGAGCGGCUAUGGAGGAAGCAGCUGGGAUUCAGAGAAAAUUAAGUGUAUGUAUUGAUGUUGCUGUGGAGUGCCUGAUAUUCUGUUCUGGUUUACUUCAACUAAAAACAACUAUGUCUUCCAUGUUUAUUAGGUCAGCGUCUGAAUUUGUGGAGGACAUUGGAACUGAGGCAAUUGAAGGCAUAUGCUUGGAGAUGUCUGAAUCACGCGAAAUGCACUUAAAAUCUGAUGCCUGUUCAGGGAUGGAUUGUCUUAGAUUGCUCAAAUUUUAUGAUAAUUUUUCUUGGGAUGAUAUUUUCUUAAUGGACAACAAAGAUAAAGUGCACCUGCCUCAUUCUGGUCUUGACUAUCUUUCUGAUAAGCUGAGAUAUCUCCAUUGGGAUGGAUUCCCUUUGAAAACCUUGCCACAAAAUUUUUGUGCUGAAAACAUUGUUGAGCUUAUUUUCCCUGGUAGCAAGAUUGAAAGGUUUUGGACAGGAGUACAGAACCUUGUGCAUCUAAGACGUAUUGAUCUCAGUGGCUCCCCAUAUUUGCUUGAAAUCCCAGAUAUUUCAAAGGCCAAAAAUAUAGAGAGUAUAAAUCUGAAAUUUUGUAAAAGUUUAAUAGAUGUACACUCCUCUAUUCAAUUUCUCAACAAGCUGGAGGUCCUUCAGCUCAGUUAUUGUGACAAUCUUACUCGUCUUCCAAGCAGUAUUGGUUCGAAAGUUUUGAGAAUUCUUGAGCAACAAUGGACUGCAAUUGAAGAGGUGCCUUCAUCAAUUGAGUUUCUCACAGCACUUGUUAGAUUGUAUAUGACUAACUGCAAACAGCUUUCUAGUCUUCCCACCAGCAUCUGUAAACUGAAAUCCCUUGAAAUUCAUGGUCUAUCAAGUUGCUCAAAACUUGAGCACUUCCCAGAAAUCAUGGAGCUCAUGGAAUCCUUGAGACGUUUUGAGUUAGAUCCAACAGCUAUUCAAGAGCUACCUUCAUCAAUUAAACAUCUGAAAUUUUUUACACAACUUAAGUUAGGUGUAACAGCUAUUAAAGAGCUAUCCUCAUCAAUUGUACAACUGAAAUCUUUGACACAUCUUGAUUUAGGUGGAACAGCUAUUCAAGAGCUACCCUCAUCAACUAUAUCUUUAAAAUGUUUGAAACAUCUUGAUUUAAGUGGAACAGUUAUCAAAAAGCUACCAGAACUUCCACUGUCACUUGCAGCUCUAGAAGUAAAUGACUGGGAAUCACUUGAAACCUUAUCGAGGUUCAAUCUAAGCAAUUUCCCGGAGUUGAACUUUGCAAAGUGCUUCAAAUUGGAUCAUAAAGAACUACUAGCAGAUAUGCAAUUGAAAAUUCAGGAUACUCCUUGA